ACUUUAUCCGGCUGUUCACUCGGUUCACUUCAGUCGUUCAGUCUGCGUGCCACCUCAGCAAGCUGCAGCUGAGGACAUCCUUCAUUUUAUUCGCUGCAGUAGGUCCCCUAGAGCACUUCAGUGGCUAUGGAGGUGGUUGAGAACGAGAACUACAAGGCACCCCACGCCACCGUAGAGGAUGCCGUGGCAGAUGGCGAACUGGCUGCCAAGGAGAAGCUGGUGACGGCGACGGAUGCCGCCAAGAUCACCUUCACCAACAGCAAGGCAGAUGGCAAGGACCUCAACGGCGAUGCCAAGAUCGAGAUCCAGGGAGUCGAGUCGGUGUUUGUGGGACUGAGCAAGGACGAGCUGAUGAAGUAUGCCAACGACCCAUUCUGGGUGCGCACCCGCAUGGCCCUUUUCGUGCUCUUCUGGCUGCUUUGGCUGGCCAUGCUGGUUGGAGCAAUCAUCAUCAUCGUGGUUACUCCGCGGUGCGCUUCGCCCCCACAACUGGCGUGGUGGCAGAGCUCGCCCGUGUACAACGUUGAGGUGACCGCCUUCCGCGACUCCAACAAGGACAACACUGGUGACUUUGAGGGUCUGACUUCAAAGCUGGACUACAUCAAGAGCCUGGGCAUGACCACUCUGCUCCUCAACUCCAUCUUCCCCACCGCUCCGGGCAGUGGGGGCACGACGGACUUCUCCACGGUGGAUGAAGGCCUCCUGGGCACCCUUCACCAGUUCGAAGCGCUGGUAAAUGCCACCAAGGAGCGGGACAUGCACCUGGUCCUGGAAGUGCUGCCGGGCUUCACGGACGCCACCCACCCCUGGUUUGCCAGCAGUGCCAAGAAGGAGAACGGCUUCGACGACCUCUAUGUGUGGCGGGACGGAGCCGGAGGUGACGACAGCAAACCCCCCAACGACUGGACGAUGGCAGACGGGCAGCCUGCCUGGAGCUGGAACAGUGACCGUAGCCAGUUCUUCCUUCACCGGCGCGGCGUCACCAAGCCGGACCUGAACCUUCGCAGCUUCCAACUCCGAGAGCGUUUCAAUGAGAUCCUGCGGCUCUGGCUGGACCGUGGCGUCAGCGGUUUUUUGGUUUCCAACUUGACUGAGGGCAGUGCAAGCAACAUGCAGGAAGGAGACAUCCCCGAAGUGGUGGUGCUGCUGCAAGAUUGGCGUCAGCUUCUGACCAACUAUUCGGAUAGCCAUGACUCUGUGCACAGGCUGCUGGCGGUGGAGGCCCUCGGAAAGCCCGCCGAAAUGUCCCGGCUGUACGGGUCGGCGGACGAGCCCCUGGCUGACCUGGUGCUGAACGGGGAGUUUGCCCGCCGGUCGGGCACGCUGGAUGCACAGGUCCUCAACGACGUGGUGCACGAGGCGCUGAAUGCCACCACGGCCGAAGGUCAAUGGCCGUCCCUCGUGCUGGGUGCCAAGGGUGUCCACCGUCUGGCGCACCGGGCAGGCGAGGAACUCCUGGACGGACUUCACAUGGUGGCCGCAUUGCUUCGAGGGACGCCCCUGUUCUACUACGGCGACGAGCUGGGAGUGCAAGGAGACUUGCAAGAUCCGUCAAAGAACUAUGUCAUGCAGUGGUAUCAUCCCAGCGACUCGGAAGGGCCCAGUGUUACCAGCGUUGAGGCGCAGAGGAACGAGACCAACUCCCACCUGAAGGUGGUGCAGCACUCGGUGGCUCUCAGGGAGAAGCUUGCGGUGCGUCUGGGUUCGACGGUGACGUCGGUACUCAACAACGGCACCGUGUUCACCAUGCUGAGGGUGCGCAAGGGCACCCCGGGCUACCUGGUGGUGGUGAACACCGCUCACGAGCCGGUGACGGUGAACCUCGCAGAGGCGAGCUCGCACAUACCAGAGUCUGGGCACGUGGACGUGGUGAGCACGCACUCGACACGUGCUCUGCAGUCCAAGGUCAGGCUGGGCGAACUCUCCUUGGACCAGCACGAGGCCCUAGUGCUCCAGUUUGUGCCCAUCUUUGAAUGAGCAGACAGCCCUGGGUUGUCCGACACGUCUGCAUAGCCAAGACAAGACAAAUCCGCUCGCAGCUGUUGACUUGGCUCACGGGGGGGGCUCUUGGAUCAGGUUUCAGAUCAAAAGUGGAACAAAACUUGGGAUCAGGCUGUGGAGCUAAAGUAACAACAAAAAGUUUGCAAAGCUUUUUUUUUUGGUUGUUUGACACGUUACUGAAGGAACAUGAUGCUUUGUGCCACAUAAAUAACUGCAACGACUUUAUGAAGACAGGGUCAUUUGGAGUAGAGAAAAUAAAAAAAGAUUAACUUUAAAUGGCACAAGCAGUGCAAUUGUUUGGCACAUUACUAAGAGAAUGACUGGACAUAAAGCUUUUCUGUGGUUUGUGCCACAUUAAGAUAUAAAAUGACUCUGCGAAUGAAGUUUUGUUUGCAGUGGAGCAAAUCUAAAUAAAAUAUAUUUAACUUUAAAUGGCACAAACAGGGAAGUAGACAGUGAACACUCGUAUGAUGUUGGUUUUUGCUCCUGAAAAUUUGUUCCAUUUUGCUUUACAUACAUCCUAUGUGUCUUGUCAGAUUUUUAAAUUUUUUAAUUUAAUCUUUUUGCAUAUGAUGCUUUCGAUUUUUAAGACAUCCGUUUGAAACUUCGCAGCUGAAUUAAUAAAAGAGCCUUUUGUAAACACCGUAGCCAAGAGCAUUAACAAUGCGGAAAUAAACAUUAGUCUAUGCAUUAAAA